AAAAAUAAUAGAAUAGGUGAACUGAAGAGAGAAAGACAGAGUGUGUGUGUGUGUGUGAGAGAGAGAGACAGUGGAGGGGGAGGAAUAAACCAAAACGCAACACGUAUCCGGUGGGAUCCCACUCCAGAGAGAGAGAGAGAGAGGGAGAGAGAGAGAGAGAGAGAGAGAGAGAGGAGUUGUAGAGAGGGUGCGAGGAAAGCGACAGGGAGACAGAGAGAAGAAGAACAAGAAGACGACGAGGGGCAAGAUUUGACGUAUUGGCCCUUUAACAGCGCGUUUUUUUUAAUCCAUAAAGAGGAAUAAUGAGGAACGUUUGGAUAAUUUUGACCCUCUGUCUGACCGCCGUCCUCUCCGGGGACAGGAUAACAGAAGCAGCCAAGACGUCGUCUCAGGCUGAUGACUUGUACCUGGAUGACACGGGCUCAGGCGGUUAUUACCCUGAAGAUGAUGACGACUUUAACUCAGGGUCUGGCUCAGGCGGAGGUGAAGACACGGUGGAGACGGUGACUAUCAGCACGGUUUAUUUCGAGCCCAACGCAGCGCAGCCCACCCAGGACUCCACCAAAGACUUCACUCCCAAGGUGGACACAGCCACGGUCAGAGAAAAGGCAAAGGAGAGCACACCCAGGAAACCAUUCAGAACAGAGGCUCCAGUGCCGGUUACAGAGGACAUGCAGAGGAACCAGAUGACCAGUACGACCAGUGCCCCUGGCUCGCCUCAGGAGGCCGUGGAGGUCCGCACUGAAAACCUCUUCCAGAGGACAGAGGUGUUGGCAGCUGUUAUUGCAGGUGGUGUGAUCGGCUUCCUCUUCGCCAUCUUCCUCAUCCUCCUGCUGGUGUACCGCAUGAGGAAGAAGGACGAGGGCAGCUAUGACCUGGGAGAGAGGAAACCUGCCGGCACGGCCUAUCAGAAGGCUCCAACCAAGGAGUUUUACGCAUAAGAUCCCGCCCCCCUCCAAUCACCAGAAUGACAUAAUCUGGAUUGACUGUCAAAAGGUGCAGUCUACGAAAAACAGCGAAUCUGUUCACACACCAGAAGAAAAACAACAUCUUUUCAAGUCGAUUAAAGAAAAAAAAAAAUAGCAUAAAGGAAAGCUUUUGCAUAGAGUAUUGUAAUUAAGACCUUUUCUUUCUUUCUUUUUAAAAAAAUGAAAACCCAAGCAUUUCUUAUUUCAUGGCAAAUCUCAUUGUAUUUAAACAUGUUGUGUAUUAUUUGAAAAGGCAGAAAAAAAACCAGGAUCUGUUGAGGCGAGGGAAGCGAUCGCAUCUGUCUUCUGUUAAAAGAGCUGUUUUUAGUGGCUGACUACUUUUAACUGUAGCAGUUUGUUCUUUGUAAAGAAAAAAAAUCGAAAAAGUGGAAAUAAUUGAAGAUAAUUAUUCUGUAUCAAUCAUACGUUCUUGUUCUUUUUUCUUUUCAUUUUGUCCUAGCAUGUCUGAUGUUGAUCUCUAAAGGUGUAUUUCAUUAAUUUAUCUUUUCUCUGAUGUUUAAAAAAAAAAAAAAAAAAAUGCCUUUGUAGUUUUGAUGAAGCUCUUUGGUCUUCAUAUUAACGCUGUUAACAGUCAAAUGUAAAUGUUCCCUUCAGGUUACAAUGUUUAUUAUUUGCUCUCAGUUUUUUUUUGUUGUCGUUUAUUUGUUUUUGUUGUUUUUAGUCAUACCCGAGCGUGUCAUUACGUCUUGUUGAUUUGUCCGUCUCUUUUCAGUGUCGCCUUCUCUGCGUUUUCUGACAGCGUUUCAUUUUCACAGCAGGAAUCAGUCUUUAAAAGAUGGAAGAAAAACCAUGUCACAAACCUCACAUCUGUCACUUGAUUUGUUUUUUCUCUAUUUAAAUGCAUUCUCUAUCACAUUGCACAUUAACUGCUCUUGCUUACCACUGCUAUUGUGCAGCCUCGCCUGUGUGUGUUGGGGUGAUUUUUUUUUUCCCUCCAUGGCUUGUGGCGUUUUUGGGCCACUGACUUUUCCAACUUUUCCCUUGAGUUUAUUGACUGUACACAAACGUCUGCUAAACUGGACACACCUCCUCCACCAUCACUUCUCUAUUUCUCUCUCUCUCAGCUGUAUGGAGCCUUGUGCUAUUGUACAAACCCCAGAGUGCAUGAUUUAGGGCCAAAGAUCUGCUCAGUGAGGGCCUGCCACCAUUGCAGCAGGCAGGCAGAGCAGACAGUUGCCUGGGGGCAAAGCAAGAACAAUUUCAGGACUGGUAUUUACAUCCGUCCUCAGUGAUUUAGUAGCAUGUGGUCAGCCGUAAGUAAGUAAUGCUUCCUGGGUGCGUCUUCUGUGACCAUAUGAAAUCCUUUCUGGGCUUUCCAUCCUUUUUUUAUCAAAUACACACUGAUAGCCCAUAGGCAAGCGGAAAGAGAACUAGGACUGUAGGGUUUCCGGUUUGAAUCCCCCAUCAGGUCAAGGGCUGGGGUACCGAUGAGCAAGGUACCCAAGCCUCAUUGCUUAUUGUUGAUUUGACACCCGACCCCGCUGUGACGACCCCGCAGUCACAGCGGGGUCACAUCUAGUGUGCCGGUCCCAAGCCCAGAUAAAUGAGUCGUGUCAGGAAGGGCGUCUGGUGUAAAAAUUGCUGCCAAAUCAAAUAUGUGGCUCAUCUGCUGUGUCAAACCCUAGAGAGAGAGAGAGAGAGAGAGCAGCUGAGAGACAAAGACUCAAUGAAUCAGAGCUCUAUCCUUACCACUGCUGAAACAUGAAUUUAGUUUUAACCAUUAGUAAAAUGAAAUGACAUGCUGAUCAGUGUUGAUGUUCGAGAGGGUGCUGCAAAUACAUGUUGUGUGUUUAUAAGUGCUGAUAAAGCUUAGGUGGUCCCUCUUAAUUUGUUCUGAGGAUGGACAGCGUUCAUGCUGCUCAAAACCACCCUAGUAUGUGGUUUUUGUGAUUGGAUAUGAGGACACAAUCAGGAUCUGCACAUGAUCGGAUCAAUCAUGACUUUGGUUUGACGUUGGAUCCCCCAGGUUUCUUUUGCCCAGGGCCCCUAAAGCCCCUUGAAACACCCCUGCCUGCCACUGCUUGGACACAUAAUGGUUCCUCUGCAGCAUCAGAACAUCAGAACCCCCACGCCAUCUCGCCAAAUGUAGUUCCUCAGAGGGAGGUAAAUGUAUAAGGUUGCAUAAAAGACUUCCUCUGAGGGCAUAUUGUGGGUUUUAUUAGUCAGUGCAGGCAUUUCAAUAUAUCAAUUGUGAAAACAUGAGGUUGUUUACCAGGUUAUAGCACAAGUAAGGACACAAGGUGUCGUUUCGGUGCCAUUGUUGCAUCCCCAAAUCAAGUUUAUAACUAAGGCCACAACAUUUCUAGAAGCACAUACAGUAUCUGUACCAUUUCAGAAAAAGAAAAUACAGCUUACGGUCUUCUGCUGUUUUUUAAAUGUCUAACUUGUUUAACUUGCUCUGAAGAGAUGUGACAUAUUGUCCGGCAGGUUUGUGAAGUUGCCUUUUCUCAGCUGUACAGUAGUGUGAAGUAGUUACAGUGGACAUGCUGUCACAUUGUCUCAAACUCCCAGCACCACCCACAUGCAGCUGUGCAUCCCGCUACCUCUCCAUCCCUCCUCUUCUUCUUCUCUCAGUUCUUCUGACCCACCCCACCAUCUGUUCCCUUCUCUUGUCAUAGGACCUAAGGUACUGAACUAUUCUGAAGAACCCAAAGACUCACAGUAUUUCUACUUCCUCCAUCCUCUCCUGUCCAGUCCCCUUCCUUCAUGGCCACAUCAUUCUGUUCCCUCAUCUUCUUUUUUGUCCUGUCUCGAUUAGAGAUCUGACCUUUGAGUCCAAUUGCUUAUUAGUAUAUGAAAAAGAUAUAUAAAUAUAUAUAAAUGUAUAUUCACAAAUGUUUUAAACCUUUAAAGUGCCUACCAUUUGGAAAUGUACUCGCUCAAGGUGAGCAUGUGGCGGGGGUGUAAACGACUUGACUGGCAUUCUGUGAGCAUGGAUGACUGUAAUGGUAACUUUUUUUUAGUCUUACAAAAGCUGACAGUAUUGUACCUAUAAGUUGAAACAACACUACUGAAUAAACAUUGUGGCCUAA